AUGGCUCUAUGGGAGUUUGUGACUGUCAGCCUCCACUGCUGGGCUGUGGCCAUCGCCAGCUUGUCUGAGGACAGGCCGGGAGGGCCCCUGGACUGGCUCCUUUCUGACAAGGGGCCCUUCCACCAUUCCCAGGAGUACACCGAGUUUGUGGAGAGGAACCGCCAGGGCUUCUCCACGCGCUACAAGAUAUACCGAGAGUUUGGUCGCUGGAAAGUGAACAACUUGGCGGUGGAGCGGCGAGAUUUCCUGGACUCCCCCCUGCCCCUGACUCCUGAGUUCAUGCGGAACAUUCGGCUCCUGGGGCGCCGACCAACCACCCAGCUAAUUACGGACAAUCUUAUUAAGAAGUAUGGAACUCACUUCCUGCUCUCGGCCACGCUCGGAGGAGAGGAGGCCUUGACCAUAUUUGUGGACAAGAGGAAGCUGAGCAAGAAGGCGGAGCUAACUGACUUCUCCACCAAUGGCACGGCUGUCACCUUGGAGACCCUCCACCAGCUGGCCGCCUCAUACUUCAUCGACAGAGAGAGCACGCUGCGCAAGCUGCACCACCUCCAGAUCGCCUCCACUGCCAUCAAGGUAACCGAGACCAGGACCGGCCCUCUUGGAUGCAGUAACUAUGACAACCUUGAUUCCGUGAGCUCGGUGUUGGUUCAAAGUCCCGAAAACAAAGUCCAUUUACAGGGACUCCAGAUUAUCUUACCAGACUACCUUAGAGACGUUUUUGUCCAGGCUGCUCUGAGCUACAUUGCCUGCAAUGGGGAAGGAGGGUUUGUCUGCAAAAACAACGACUGCUGGUGCGAGUGCGAUGCAAAAUUCCCAGAAUGCAACUGCCCAUACAUGGACAUCCAGGCCAUGGAGGAGAGCCUGCAGAGAGUCUCUGAGUCAUGGACCACUCUCUACAAAGAAUUUGAGGAAUCAGAUGAAUUCAAGACGUUUCUGACGAGGCUACCGCAGAACUUCUUCUUGAACACGUCCACCAUACAGCACUUGUGGUCGCUGGAUGCCGGUUUCCAGCGUCGCUACGAGCAGCUUGAGAGCAGCAUGAGAGGCCUGUUUAAGCGGGCACACAGGGUUGUCUACAAGCUCUUCAGCCUCAGCAAAAGAUGUCAGAAACAGCCGCACAUCUACUUACCACGGGAAAGGCCACAGGCGUACUGGCUCAACUAUUUCCAGUCGCUCCUCUACUGCUCCGAGAACAACCAGCUGGGCUCCUUCUCCGAGGAGCUGCACGCGUGCGUCUGCGCCUAUGAGCACACCUCCUGCCAGUCGGCCACCCCGUGCUCCAUCGGCGAGGCGGUGGCCUGCGCCUCCUGCGCCAACGACAACCACACCCGCUGCGGCAGCUGCAACACGGGCUACAUGCUCAGCCAGGGGGUGUGCCGCCCCAUGGUGGCCGACUCCACGGAGAACUACCUGGGCUUCGAGACGGACCUACAGGACCUGGAGCUGCGUUACCUGCUGCAGAGGUCCGACCGGCGGCUGGAGGUGCACGCCAUCUUCAUCAGCAACGACAUGCGCCUAAACAACUGGUUUGACCCGUCGUGGAGGAAGAGGAUGCUGCUGACGCUCAAGAGCAACAAGUACAAGUCCAACAUGGUCCACAUGCUGCUGGGGAUCUCCUUGCAGAUCUGCCUGACCAAGAACAGCACCCUGGAGCCGGCGCUCACCCUUUACAUCAACCCGUUCGGCGGGAGCCACUCGGAGAGCUGGUACAUCCCCGUAAGUGAAAACAGCUUUCCUGAUUGGCAGUCCACAAAGCUGGACUUGCCCUUGGAGUGCUUUAACUGGACCUUAACGCUGGGGAACAAGUGGAAGACCUUUUUCGAGACCAUCCACAUAUAUCUUCGCAGCCGCGUCAGGGCAGCAGGUGUCGGGGUCAAUGAUAGCACAUAUUACGAGCCGCUGGAGAUGGUGGACCCGUCCAGAAACCUGGGCUACAUGAAGAUCAACAGCAUCCAGGUGUUCGGCUACAGCAUGCACUUUGACCCGGAAGCCAUUCGAGACCUCAUCCUGCAGCUGGACUACCCGUACACUCAGGGCUCGCAGGACUCGGCCCUGCUGCAGCUGCUGGAGAUCCGGGACCGGGUCAACCGGCUCUCGCCGCCGGGCCAGCAGCGCCUGGACCUCUUCUCCUGCCUGCUGCGCCACCGCCUCAAACUGACAGCCAGCGAGGUGGUGCGGAUCCACGCCUCUAUGCAGGCAUUCAGCACACGACUACCCAACUCUCUGGACUACGAGACAACAAAACUUUGUAGUUAAGCCAGACAUCAGUGAAAGUACUAAAACAAUGAAAGCACUGCAGACAC